AUGUUGUUGAGAAACAAUUUCAAGCUGUUAUCAACCAAACUCAAGCUUUUACCGAGGGCAUCUAUAACGCUACAAAAGUUCAAGUUCGCCACAAGCGCUGACACUACUGCGUACGAAAAUAAGACAAUCCCCUCGAUAAAUGAAGAGGCAUUGAAAUACGCCGGUGGUGACUUGUUGAAGAAAUUUAAAGAUGAACAUGCACACAAGCUAGUUGAUGUAUCGAAAGUGCUUGUUAUUGGAUCCGGUGGUUUAUCCAUUGGCCAAGCUGGUGAGUUUGACUAUUCUGGGUCUCAAGCCAUUAAAGCAUUGAAGGAGGCUAACAAACAAUCUAUUCUAAUAAAUCCAAAUAUCGCUACGAAUCAGACUUCUCAUGCAUUAGCUGAUGAAAUUUACUACCUACCAGUCACUCCUGAAUAUAUAACAUACAUUAUUGAAAGAGAAAGGCCCGACGGUAUUUUGUUAACUUUCGGUGGUCAAACUGGAUUGAACGUGGGGGUUAAGUUGGACAAGAUGGGUGUUUUCGAUAGGUAUGGCGUCAAGGUUUUGGGUACACCCAUAAAGACAUUGGAAACCUCCGAGGACCGUGAUUUAUUCGCUCAAGCAUUGAAGGAAAUAGACAUACCAAUUGCUGAAUCUAUUGCCGUCGAGACAGUUGAUGAUGCUUUAAAAGCAGCUGAUACUGUUGGAUACCCAAUUAUUGUUAGAUCAGCUUACUCAUUAGGUGGCCUCGGUUCUGGGUUUGCCGCUAAUAAAGACGAAUUGAGAAAUUUAGCAGCACAGUCGCUUUCCUUGGCUCCACAAAUUUUGGUCGAAAAGUCGUUGAAAGGCUGGAAAGAAGUGGAAUAUGAAGUUGUUCGUGACCGUGUUGGAAAUUGUAUCACUGUUUGUAAUAUGGAGAAUUUCGAUCCAUUGGGUAUUCACACUGGUGAUUCCAUAGUUGUCGCCCCAUCACAAACUUUGAGUGAUGAAGAAUACCACAUGUUGAGAACUGCCGCGAUCAAGAUUAUUAGACACUUGGGUGUUGUUGGUGAAUGUAAUGUUCAGUAUGCGUUACAACCCGAUGGCUUGGACUUUAGAGUUAUUGAAGUGAAUGCUCGUUUAUCACGUUCUUCAGCAUUGGCAUCGAAAGCUACUGGUUAUCCAUUGGCUUACACAGCUGCUAAGAUCGCCCUAGGCCACACCUUACCCGAGUUGCCAAACCCUGUAACCAAAACCACGUCUGCUAAUUUCGAACCUUCUUUGGAUUACAUCGUCACCAAGAUCCCACGUUGGGACUUGUCCAAGUUUCAACAUGUUAAACGUGACAUUGGAUCGGCAAUGAAGUCAGUGGGAGAGGUCAUGGCCAUUGGUAGAAACUUUGAAGAGUCUUUCCAAAAAGCAAUUAGACAAAUCGAUCCUUCCUACAUCGGUUUCCAAGGAGACCAUUUUGAGAAUUUAGAUGAAACUUUGCAAAAUCCUACCGAUAGAAGGUGGUUAGCUGUUGGACAAGCUUUGUUGCAUGAGAACUACUCGGUUGAUAAGGUCCAUGAUUUGACCAAGAUUGACAAAUGGUUCUUGUAUAAAUUGAUGAACAUUGUCAAUAUGUAUCGUGAAUUGGAGUCUGCAGGCGAAUUGUCCAAUAUUAAUAGUGACUUAAUGCGUCGUGCUAAGAAGUUAGGAUUUUCGGAUAAACAGAUCGGUCUUUGUGUUGGUGCCCAGGAGUUAGAUGUUAGAAGAGUAAGGAAGGAGUUUGGCAUUAUUCCAUUUGUGAAAAAGAUUGAUACAUUGGCUGCCGAAUUUCCUGCAAAUACAAACUACUUGUACACUACCUAUAAUGCUACUAGCUCAGAUAUCGAUUUCAAUGAUAAAGGAACAUUGGUUUUGGGCUCUGGUGUGUACAGAAUUGGUUCCUCUGUUGAAUUCGAUUGGUGUGCAGUAUCUACUGCCCGUGCCUUGAGAGAAAGUGGUAAAAAGACAAUCAUGAUCAACUAUAAUCCGGAAACUGUGUCUACUGAUUUUGACGAAGUUGACAGAUUAUACUUUGAAGAGUUGUCGUUGGAAAGAGUAUUGGACAUCUACGAAUUGGAGCAUUCUGCAGGUGUUGUAGUAUCAGUCGGUGGUCAAUUACCUCAAAAUAUUGCUUUGACAUUACAAAAUACUGGUUGCAAUGUUCUCGGAACUAAUCCAGAAGACAUUGACAAGGCUGAAGAUCGUCACAAGUUCUCCCAAAUUCUUGAUUCUAUUGGAGUUGAUCAACCAGCAUGGAAAGAAUUGACUUCGAUUGAAGAGGCCGAAAGCUUUGCUGAUGAAGUAGGAUACCCUGUCCUUGUUCGUCCGUCCUAUGUUUUGUCUGGAGCUGCCAUGUCGGUCAUCAACAGUAAAAAUGAGUUGGAUGCAAAAUUGUCCAAUGCUUCGAAGGUGUCAAGGGACCAUCCUGUUGUUAUAUCUAAAUUUAUUGAAGGAGCACAAGAAAUUGACAUUGAUGCCGUAGCAAAUGAAGGUGAGGUCUUGGUUCAUGCAGUUUCCGAGCACGUUGAAAACGCAGGUGUUCACUCUGGAGAUGCAACUUUAGUUUUGCCACCACAAAACUUGUCACCUGUCUUGUUGAACCGUUUGAAAACUAUUGCUGAUAAAGUUGCCGAAGCAUGGAAGAUUACAGGACCAUUCAAUAUGCAAAUUAUCAAGAACGAUCAAAAUGGAACGCUCAAUGACGAGACUUGCCAGCUAAAGGUUAUUGAGUGUAAUAUUCGUGCAUCCCGUUCUUUCCCAUUUGUUUCCAAGGUCCUUGGUAUUAACUUUAUUGAUGUUGCUGUUAAAGCUCUUAUAAAAGAAGGUGUACCAAAACCAGUCAACCUUAUGGAACAAAAGUAUGAUCGUGUUGCAACCAAGGUGCCCCAAUUCUCAUUCACCAGAUUAGCCGGGGCAGAUCCAUUCUUAGGUGUUGAAAUGGCAUCUACUGGUGAGGUUGCAUGUUUUGGUAGGGACUUGCUCGAAGCUUACUGGACUAGUAUGCAAUCAACGAUGAACUUCCAUGUACCCUUGCCUGGACAAGGUAUAUUGUUUGGCGGGGAUUUGUCCAACGACAAGCUCGGAAAUGUUGCCAAGGAGUUGUCAGGAUUGGGAUACAACUUUUACACAGCUAAUCAAUCAGCAGCUGAUUACCUAUCUAAAUAUAUUUCCGAAUCUGUUGGAGUCAUUGAUUUCCCAAAAACUGACAAACGUGCUUUGCGUGAAAUUUUCCAAGACAAAAACAUUGGCGGUGUAUUUAAUUUGGCCAAAUCUAGAGCGGAGGACUUGUUAGAUGAAGAUUAUGUAAUGAGAAGAAACGCCAUUGAUUUCGCCAUUCCAUUGUUUAAUGAACCAAACACAUCACAAUUAUUUGCUUCUUGUUUGAGGGCCAAAAUUGGAAAUAAGAGCAAGUUUGAUGAAGUCCCUGAAAGUGUUAUUGUUCCGGAAGAAGUUCAAAGAUGGAGUGAAUUUAUUGGCGGUAAGCCAGUAUAG